CAAGUCUCUAGAAAUAUAAUAUUAACAGGUCUUGCUAACGUUAAAACCAUGAAUAACCUAUUAUGUUCCGCUCUGUUGAUUUCAGUUAUACUUAUUCUUACAGACGCAGGUUGUUUAACGGAUCCUAAAAUAACAGACGCAAAUUUUGAUAAAGAUUGCAAUGGAAAUGUAGUCAUUACAUGUCCAAAAGGUUUCAAGAAGGUACAAGGGCUGGAAUGUGUUGAGGAAAAAUGGAGAUAUCAAAACCCAAUAUGUAAACCCCCAGAUUGUAAAAAUGGUAGAAUAUUGACGGCAGAAAAUGGAACAUUAAAAUGUAACUGUCCACUAAACACAUUCGGUGACGAUUGCAAUUGUCGAUACAAGUUUACAAAUAAAACAACUAUGUUUCCCAAACCCUACGCAGAAAAAUUUAUAUCUGAUUCAGCGAUAUGUGAUGAAAGCUGUGCUAACGAUAUCAGAUGUUCCGCUGCUGCCGUGUCUGUUGGUACUAGAAAAUGUUGUCAUUACGAUACACCAAUCAUCUUCGUGUCGUAUGUGUUAAAUGAAGACCAAUGUAUUGAAAAGUGCAACGAGAUGAGUGAAUGUAAAACAAUUGGCAUUGGAAACGAAAUGGGUUUGUUCUGUUUUGUAUUUAACGCCACCUUUGACAAGAUUCCAGAUAUUAUGAAACAAACUGACACUAGCGCUUUUAGCGUAGCAGAAAAAAUCUGCGAAUAAUAAAAAAAACAUGUUUAUCAUGAUAUAGACCU